AUGGCAGCGGAUUAUGGCUCAACAGCACGCGCUCUGUCGCUUCCUAUCUCGCCCACCCGCACGUCCUCCCCAAAUUUCCCUAGACCCCCAUGGAAUUCUCGCCGCAGUCAAUCUAAUGGAGCGCAAGGCCGCAGCCAGUCCUCCCUCUCCUAUCGCGACCGUUUGAUCAAUAAUGCCCAGAAAUUCCACCGGCGGGGUGUCAGGAUCUAUGAAAAGUUAUCACCGCUUCAACGAGGUUUGGUGGUAGCGGCAAAUCUUAUCACCCUAAUCCUGGUAAUACUUUUCUUCGUCUACAACGAGAAGAUCUUCGGAUUUCUGAAACCUUAUGCUGUUUCUUGGAAAAAGACCACAGGCGGCUGGAUCAUCCUUUGGUGCCUCACGUUCAUCGCGGCGUUCCCACCUAUAAUUGGCUAUUCGACCUGCGCAACCUUAGCUGGCUUUGUCUACGGUGUUGGUGAAGGGUGGCUGAUUCUCGCAUCUGCCACAAUCAUUGGCUCUACUUGCUCCUUCCUAGUAUCAAGAUUUGUGUUGCAAAGAUAUGUCCAGCGCCUUGUCGCUAAUGAUAAACGGUUUGCGGCAUUGACUUUGACCAUGAAGCACGAUGGUCUUAAACUGCUUUGCAUGAUACGACUUUGCCCGCUUCCAUAUUCAUUAUCGAAUGGCGCAAUCUCAACCGUUCCUACCGUUCAUCCGUUGAUGUAUGCACUGGCCACUGCCAUCGUCUCUCCAAAAUUACUUAUUCACGUCUUCAUUGGAAGUCGAUUGGCCGCAAUUGGGGAAAGCGGAGGACAAAUGAGUGCUGGGGCGAAGGCACUCAAUUGGACCAGCAUAGUUGUGGGCGGUCUGGUUGGCGCAUUCACUGGAUAUUAUAUCUAUCAACGGACCAUGGCUCGUGCUCGGCAACUUGAAGCAGAGGAGGAUGCCAAUGUACGGGAUGCGGUUACUCAUACCGGACACCCACCAGCUGAGUUUAUGGACGAUCCUGAAACACAAGCUGCUGCUACAGUCCUCGCGCAACCCGAUGAUGGGGUUGACUUCUUCGAGGAGGAGUCUAGCCCAACCCGGCAUGACUAUAGAGACGAAUUUACGGAUGACAACGAUGUCUUUACUGAAGGUGAUGGGGAGGAAGACGCUAUAGAUAUGCAUAAACAGCAAGUCAAAUGA